GGGCGUGAUUUCCGAGGUCUGUGUUGCUAGGGGGAAGGGAAGGUGGUGCUGGGGACCUGUUGGAAAUGACGGGAGAAGAAAUCCGAUUUCAAUAUAAAGACCAAAACAGUUACGCCUGGAAUAUAAGCAAAGAAACGUCACCAGACCUGCGUGCUAAGGGGUGUGAAUAACCAUGGAGACCUUGAUAAGUACGGUGGCCCCUCGGUCCCCAGCGCUGGUGAAGAAAGCCUCGGAGGUGGAUUUCCGGUCGGGGGUCAUGCUGGAGCAGCUGUCGUCUCAGGUGUCUGAGCUGGUCACCCUGGAGCAGGGGGACUUCGGGGACCAACUGGCCCUGGAGGUCCACACGGCCAAAGACUUUAUCUUCAACAUGCUGGGUCUAGUACAGAAGGUGGACCAGCGUCUCCCAGUGGCCAAUGAGUACCUGCUCCUGUCUGGGGGGGCCAGGGAGGGGGUCCUGGACCUCAACCCAGAGGAGCUGGGGGACUACGCCAAGGGGGCCGACUUCGACCUGGACUUCACCCUCCUGGUGCCGGCGCUCAAGCUCCACGACCGCAACCAGCCCGUCACCCUAGACAUGAGGCAGUCGGCCCCCUGCCACUCCUGGCUGUCCCUGCGUCUGUGUGACCCCAACACUCUGGCCAGGUGGAGCAUCUGCUGCCAGGAGGAGAACGGAUUACCCCCCGAGGAGGAGGAGGAUGAAGAGGACAGGGGAAUGGGUCACCAAGUCUCUGGUGCUGUUCCCCCCUCCCUCCAUUCCCCCCACCAGUCUCUGGACGGGUGCUACUUCUCUCCCGCGCUGGUGGCUGACUGGUUCUGGGGGGUGGUGGGCGAGGCGGUGGACGAGCUGAGACGUUCACCACAGAGAGGCAUCCCCAUCCCGGAGAGGCUGGAGCGCAACGGGCCCCUGACCACCCUCAUUCUUCAGGCGGGGUCCAGCCGAGUGCUCUAUGACCUCCUGCCUGUGGUGUCCUUCCGGGGCUGGCCCGCCGUGGCCCAGAGCUGGCUGACGGCCAACCACUUCUGGGACGGGAAGAUCACGGAGGAGGAGGCCAUCUCUGGGUUCUACCUGCUGCCCUGCCCGGCCCCGCUGGGGGGGAGGCCUGACCGGGAGUGGAGGCUGGCCUUCUCACGCAGCGAGGUUCAGCUGAAGAAGUGCAUCCCGUUCCCCAUGGCCCAGGCCUUCCAGGCAGCCAAGGCUGUCCUCUCCCGCCUCCUGGCUCGCCCCCGCACUGGCCUCAGCCCCUACCACCUCCGCACCAUCCUCUUCUGGGCCUGUGACCGCCUGCCCCCCUCCUACCUGUCUUCGCCUGACUCCGACACUCCCGCCCGUCUCCUCCUGGGCCUCCUGGAUGACCUGGCCCACUGCAUCUUGGGUAAGAACUGUCCCAACUACUUCCUGCCCCAGUGCAACAUGCUGGAGCACCUGUCGGACAGCCAAGCCCUGCUGGUGGCCCGGAAGCUGGCUCACGUCCGCUCAGACCCCACCGAGCACCUUCGGGCGGCCCUGGACCAGGCACAGCAGGCAGGCCAGCUCAAGAGGAAGGCGGCGGGCGCCACCAACGGGCAUGGCGGGUCACCUGGCCACAGGUACCCGGCCAGUGGCAUCAUCUCACCCUCGGACGACAAGCUGGCCGCCAGGCUGCAGCAGCUGGUGACAGAAAACCCAGGGAAGUCGAUUUCUGUGUUUCUCAACCCAGAUGAUGUCACGAGGCCACACUUCCGCAUCGAUGACAAAUUCUAUUGACCUGAGGGCCUAGUCUAGUGUUGUGGUAGCCACACACACACACUCUCACACACAAGUUAAAUAGCGGGCCAAAUGUUGGCGAGUCAACCAGGAUGGCUCGAGGCGCAAACACUGCCGAUCGCUGCUCCCUAUACUGCCCCCUCUUGGCGGCGAAUGAUAACGACGCUAACUAAUAAGCGUUAACUCUGACUCUGUUGUAACUAUAAGACACUGUACCAAAAAAAUCCAUACUGCACGCUCCCAAGAAGAUGCUAGCUCUAGAGAAACCAACACACUUCUAUCGAUUUAGAGACACCGUGACAGAAAAAGGCUUGUCAAGUGGUCACCACGGAGACCACUGCUCUUUAUGAAGCUUGCCCUAACGAGAUGGGUUUUUUUUAUUAGCUGGUGCUACAAAGAAAAGAGAAUCGUUUUAGAAUAAAGAAAGGAGCUGCUGCUUACAAAAGGGUACACCGUUUCAUUCUCUUAAGGGUUUAUGCUCUUCUCGUCUCUGCACACUGCUGAGAAUACUGUAUUCCCCCUUUUUCUGCCCAAUCAGAGUGGAUGAUAGCUGAAUAAGAAAAGGGGUACCAAGGAACUAUGAUGUAACUGAAUGUAAUUUGGUGUGGGGAAAUGUCUUUGAACAGAGUGUUUUCUUUCUUCCCUCUUUCUAUAUUUCUUUUUAUCCCUCGUUCUCUCCACCCUCUGCCCCACUCUCCUUUAACUCCCUAUCUCGCUCGUUCGCUAUCUCUCAGGUAUUUUGAAUGUUUGUUUUCUAUGUGACUCCAGACUCCCUCUGGUAGGGUUAUGGUCCCCCAUAUCUACCUGAAUGGUAUAACCCAGGGCGGUCCUUCCAUUUCAACUCUCACUAUGUGGCGGAAGGCACCAAAGAGCCACGCGGGAGGGGUGUUUUUCGAGGAGCCUUUGGCUCCACCCCAUAACAAAAGGUAUCUGUAUUCACUGACCCAGAGUCAGUCUGUACUGUUAACACUCAUAUUCCCCACCUUUACAAUCCUGACCAACAUGCAGAUGAGAGAUCCACCUCAUCAAUUUGCCUUUUAUCCCCUGAACGCUUGAAGAAGUGUCAUCAGAUAAGGGUCAUAUCAUAGGGGCUAUUAACUUAAUUCAGUUCCUUUUUAUUACAGUCCCCUUUGAAAGUAUCUUAAACGGUGAGAUGUGGUCAUUUAAACGUUGUAGACCGGUUGGGGAGGAGAGGUGGGAGGCAGGGUUAGCCGCUAACACGGUUGGCCCAAUGCUUGAUUGUAUUCUAAUCUCUACGUUACAGCAUUACAGUACAGCCAUGGCAUGGCUAGCUACACCAUGUAAUCCCCCUGAGGCUGGUGUAAGGGCUAUUUGCUUUGUUCUUACUUUUUUAUUUAAUCCGUCUAGUGUGUGUGUGUGUGUGUGUGUGUGUGUGUGUUAAGAUGGGGAGGUUAAGGUUUUUGGUUGAAACCCCCCCAAAAAGUAUUUUGUAUUGUGUUCUCAGAUGUUUAAUUGUGAGAGACUUGACUGGUUUUUGUGAUGGUCCCUCCUCCUGUCUAGCAGGCCUGUUUUAAUAAGGUGUGUGGUCAUUGGACGACUGAUGGAGGUCUUUAAAUGUGCUGAUGUAAUGAGGGAUGGAACGGGAACAAAUGCGCAGCAGGACUCAACAGGCAAAUGUGCCAGCUACCCAUCUACCUUCAUCUCUUUCUGUGUGUGGGGGUCUUGGGGGCCCUAUCUUGUCCACCCAGAUGUGUGCUGUUAGCAGGAGGAUGGAUGGGGAGACAGGCCAGCCCCUGGCCCUUUGUAGAGAUGAGCCCUGAAGGAAGGUGCCCCUGGGAUCUGGGACAGCUGCUUGUCUCUCUCUCU